AUGGAGCUGAACAAAGAAUUCUCCAAAGGUGUGAUUGACGGCAUCGAGACUCUGUGGCACGACAAAGACGAAGAGCUGCUGGACUUCACGGUGAAGGUCGGGGAGAGAGAGUUCCGGUGCCACAGGUUUGUUUUGGCGGCGUCAUCCCAGUUUUUCCGUGGACUUUUUAGAUCCGGGAUGAGAGAAACGGAAACAAAAAGUGUUGAGCUGCAAGAUAUUUCCAGAGAAACUUUUGAGCUUGUUUUGAAAGUCGCGUACACAUGUAAGGAUGUGAUCGAUGAUAGAAAUGUCUUCGAUCUGUGGCACGCGGCCAAUCAGCUUCAGAUCAAAUAUUUGAUCGAAGAAUGCGAAAAAUUUGUCCUGAAGAUUCUGUCAUUGGAUACGUUUGAGGAAAUUUACAAAAACUCCAAAAUGUUAGAUUCUUUUGAUGUUUUGAGAAAAACAAUUUCUUUUAUGAUUGCAAAUUUUAACUCUUGCAGGAAAAGUGAAACGGUUUUAAGGCUGACAAAAGAUGAAAUCGUUGAAGUGGUUAGAAGUCCGGAUCUAGUUGUGAAAACUGAGGAUUUUGUUCUUGAGUACAUCUUGAAUUGGGUCAAAUUCGACCCAACAAAGAGCUGUUUAAUAAAAUCAAACGACGUGGUUCAACCGGCUAGAAUAACCAGGAAGACAAAACCAGAUGACGAGAUAAUUGUUGCCACUAGAGGUACAGAAGAUAAAGCAAUCCAGAGUGACGAUGGCUUCACCAGAACCUCUACAGAGGAUACUUCACUGGAAUUUGACCUGGAACGUUUGAAGACUGACGCAGACCCAACUUUAGAUUCAGCAGAUAGAGAGAAUUCGGAAAAUUCUGACCACUAUCUUGAAGAGCAGUCUCAAUACCAAUAG